AUGUCUGAAGAAUUAACUCAAAAAACUGAAGAUUUAUCAUUAAAUUCUAAACAACAACAACAAUCAUCAUCAGAUAAAACAGUUUUUGAUUCAAAAGAUGAAUUUACAGUAAAACAUCCUUUAAAUAAUAGAUGGACUUUAUGGUAUACAAAACCUCAAAUUAAUAAAAAUGAAAAUUGGCAUGAUUUAUUAAAACCAGUUAUAACUUUUUCAUCAGUUGAAGAAUUUUGGGGAAUAUAUAAUUCAAUACCUUCAGCAAAUCAAUUACCUUUAAAAUCAGAUUAUCAUUUAUUUAAAGAAGGAAUUAGACCAGAAUGGGAAGAUGAACAAAAUUCAAAAGGUGGUAAAUGGCAAUAUGCUUUUAAUAGAAAAGAAGCUCAACCAAUUAUAAAUGAUUUAUGGUUAAGAGGUUUAUUAGCAGUUAUAGGAGAAACAAUUGAAGAUGAUGAAGAUGAAGUUAAUGGAAUUGUUAUAAAUAUAAGAAAACAAGCUUUUAGAAUUGGUAUUUGGACAAAAGAUUGUGAUGAAUCAAAAUUAAAAACUGUUGGUGAAAGAUUGAAAAAAAUAUUACAAUUGAAAGAUGAACAAAAAGUUGAAUUUACUUCUCAUGAUGCUUCUAAUACAAGAGGUGCUGAAGCUCAAAUUGUUUUAUAA